AGCGGGAAUUCACUUUAAAAAUCAUAAUCUUAUCCAAUCCAUUUCCACCCUUACUCUUUCAUUCUUACAGUUUCUCUUCUCUUCUUCACUAGAACAAAUAAUCAAACAUGUCAUGUGCAGAUAAAUUUUCUGUAAGUUCUUCUUCUUCUCUAUCAUCUUCUUCAAAAUUUGUUUCUACCAUUUUCACAAAACCUCAUUUGGGUCAUUUUCCACCGCUUAAUCCAAGAUGGAUUUUUCCCCCUCUUACUUGUUUCCGUUCAAAGACUCAACCUUUACCCACUAAACUUUCUUCCUUUACUAACAACAACAAAAUGAACAAAUAUGAUUUAAAUUUCAUUUUAAAGUCUUUGGAAUUGUCUAAUGAUGUUGAACAAACCCUUGAUUCGUUGUUUUAUGAUUAUGAGCAUAUUAUUAUUAGUUCAUCAAAAAUCACUGUUAUUCUUCGAGAACAGCGAAAUUGGGAACGCGUUGUUAGGGUUUUUAAGUGGUUUAAAUCUCAAGAAGGUUAUUUUCAUAAUGUAAUUCAUUAUAAUGUUGUGCUUAGGGCUCUUGGUAGAGCUCAUAAAUGGGGCUUAUUGAGGCUUUGUUGGAUUGAUAUGGCGAAAAAUAAUGUUUUGCCAAAGAACACUACUUAUAGCAUGCUUGUUGAUUGUUAUGGUAAAGCGCGUCGUACAAAAGAGGCUCUUUUGUGGAUUAAGCAUAUGAGGAUGAGAGGAUUAUUCAUUGAUGAGAUUACUAUGAGUACUGUUGUUAAGGUUUUGAAAGAUGUUGGUGAGUUUGAUAGAGCUGAUAGGUUUUAUAAGAAUUGGUGUAGUGGGAAGGUUGACUUGGAUGAUCUUGAUUUUGAUUCCGAUUCGAGAUCAUCAUUGGUACCUAUUGGUUUCAAGCCUGGGGAGCUGUUUAAGAUAGGUGGAGGUAUUCGGGAUUCAAAUUCUAUGUUGUCGAUGUAUAUAGAGAAUGCUGGUCCUCAGAAACCUCGAAAUACUACCACUUACAAUACCCUCAUAGAUUUGUAUGGCAAGGCUGGACGACUAAAAGAUGCUGCUGAAGUCUUUGAUGAUAUGAUGAAAUCUGGAGUUGCAGUCGAUAUUUUCACUUUUAAUACUAUGAUCUUUAUUAGUGGAGGUCGUGGCAAUUUGUUGGAAGUUGAAUCUUUGCUUGUUAAAAUGGAAGAGAAGGGUAUAUCCCCUGAUACCGGUACUUAUAACAUUUUGUUGUCUUUGUAUGCUAAUGCGGGGAAUAUCGAUGCUGCUCUUUCUUGUUAUAGAAUGAUUAGAGAGGAUGGGCUCUUCCCAGAUGCUGUAACUUAUAGAGCUCUUCUUGGUGUGUUAUGCACGGAAAAUAUGGUUCAGGCAGUGGAAGCUGUGAUUGAUGACAUGGAGAAAUCUUCUGUUUCUGUUGAUGAGCAUUCUCUUCACAAUAUUGUGAAGAUGUAUGUUAAUGAAGGAGAUCUUGAUAAAGUAAAUGACUUGCUUCAAAAGUUUAUGACAAAUAAUGGAAAGUACCUUAGGAAUAAUGUAAAGCAGUUAGAAGAGUCGAUAAAAACAAAUUAGUAACGUUUGAAUAAAGCAGAGUCCAUUUGAAGUGUCAGUGCUACAUAGGUCAAAUGUGAUUUUAGGAAUAGUAAUUUUGUUAUAAACUGAAAAGCUUAUAUCGAUUUUUGCAUCAAAUUGGGUCUUGGUAGAUAACCACAAGUUUAUUUUUAAUUUCAUGAUUCUAACUCUAUCACAGAACAUUAUUUAUAAUUCUUGGUAUUUUUAUGCACUAUUGAAGUGCAAGUCUGCAACACAUAGUCGUAUCAUGCUAUUAUUAGCUUAAAAAAGGAACUGAAAUUAGAAUAAUGUGAUGUGAUGACAUUUAAGAUGUGUCCAUGAGUAAGUAUGGGGAUUUGAGGGUUCAGGUUUCAACCACGUUGAUCAGCCUUGGAGCUGAGUUUCGAAAGCUGUUGGUGAUCGGAGAACAAGCAAAUGCUCCAGCAGCAGAUCAAAAUCUCAGUGCUCAUAUGCGGUCCUCAAGGUCGAUUUUGAGAAGAGAUUCUCAAUUGGUGCAUGUCAGCGUUAAGCACUUCACCAAAAGUCUGCAGUGUCACAUGGCUAAACCGGACGGUGCUUUCUAUGGUAUUGCUCCUCAGGGAAAUUGUUUGACGGUUAUAUUCCAAGUUUUCAUCGCCGGCACCCAUCAGACUGAUAAAUCAAUCAGCUAUCGUUGCAGGCUUCCUGAACUUGACACUGGUACUAGUUGAAAUCCAAGUCUCUUUUGACUGUGUGUAAAUUCUCUUUUUGCUGAGCCUAGCAGUUUAUUUUGGGGAAAUAUAAAGUUGAUAAACUAAUUGCUUCAUAAGCCAUUAACUAGAGAAUAUCGUACUUGUUUGAUUUUCUGUAUGUGUAAUUAAGACCAUGUUUAUGUUACAUCAAUAUAACUUGUUUGUAUGAUUACUUGGCAAAUGCUAUGGCAAUACAACUUGCCCUUUUUC